UAGUAUAAUACAUUGAUGUUAAUUAGUGUUCUUGUUGUUGCAGACAUGUGCCAUUGAUGGCUCCAUUAUCUUAGCCUCUCUCUCUCUCUCUCUACCAUUGGAACCCUUUUUCUUUUUCCCCUCACUUUUAUCUGCAAACUAAAAAAUAAAAAAUGAAAUGCCAGAACUCUGAUUCUCCCCUUUCAUCCUUUUUAUUUUAUUUAUUUUUGUUGGACAGUUUCCUUUUGCUUCAUACAAAUUAUAAUAUAUCAUAUUUUGUUUGUUCUUCAAAUUUUUAUUGCCCUAAAGUUCCCUGUUUCUUCACAACCAAGCUAUUCAAUCUGACCUUCACAUUCAUAAAUACAUACAUAUAGGAAUAUAUAUGUAUAUACAUAUGUGUGACAUGGUUGAAUCUUGCUUAGUUUGGUAGGGACUUUGAAUUGGAUUUCAAUAAUUGACAAUGUUCUUGGUUAUAAUCAUGGAUGAAGCAGGUUUGAUCUUUAGAAUGGUAUUUUUGUAAUUUGCUAAGCCAUCUAAGGAGAGAGUGGUAAAAAUGGAGGGCCCGUCGGCGUUGGCGUUGACGCCGCGGACGAAGAUGACGAAGCAGCUGACCGGGAAACGGGACGACACCGUGCUGCAUUCCGCAGCUCGGUUAGGUAACAUCGCCGCCAUUAUGGAGAUCAUCGAUAAUUCCGGAGGCGGCGACGAGUUAGUCCGGCUGCUGUCGAAGCAGAACUCAGCUGGCGAGACGCCAUUGUUUGUGGCUGCCGAGUACGGCUACUACGAACUCGUUCGGGAUUUGAUCAAACAGUACGAUUUGGCGGCUGCCGGAAUCAAAGCCAAGAACGGGUUCGACGCACUGCAUAUCGCCGCGAAGCAAGGCGACUUAGAAGUCGUGAAGGCGCUGCUCGACGCGCAUCCGGAGCUUCUGAUGACGGUGGACACGGCGAACACGACGGCGCUGCACACGGCGGCAAUGCAAGGCCGGAUUGACGUCGUAGAAUAUUUUUUGGGAAUCGAGAGCAGCCUCGCUAAUAUCGCUCGAAGCAACGGAAAAACUGCGCUCCAUUCCGCGGCGAGGAACGGGCACGUCGCCGUAGUCGCGGCACUUUUGAGCAAAGCGCGCGGCCUCACGACCCGGACCGAUAAAAAGGGGCAGACGGCGCUGCAUAUGGCCGUUAAAGGCCAGAAUCUCGACGUCGUCGAGGCGCUAAUUGGGGCGGAUCCGUCGACGGUUAGCAUGGUCGACACUAAGGGCAACACGCCGUUGCAUAUCGCCACCCGAAAAGGCCGGGCUCCGAUCGUCGAGAGGCUGCUGAGUCGGAAGGAGACGGAGACGGGGGCGGUGAAUCGAUCGAACGAGACGGCGGUGGACACGGCGGAGAAGAUGGGGCAUGUCGGGAUUGCGGCGGUGCUGCGGGAGUGGGGGGUGGUGAGUGCGCGGAUGAUCAACCCAGAGUCGUCGGAGAAUAUUCCGGGGACGGCGCGGGAGCUGAAGCAGACGGUGAGCGACAUAAAGCACGAGGUGCAUUACCAGCUGGAGCAUACGCGGCGGACGCGGCGGCGCGUGCGGGGGAUCGUGAAGCGGAUAAACAAGAUGCACGCAGAGGGGCUGAACAACGCAAUCAACUCGACGACGGUGGUGGCAGUGCUGAUCGCGACGGUGGCGUUCGCGGCGAUCUUCACGGUGCCGGGUCAAUUUGUGGAGGAGCUUCCGUCAUCGCCGUCGUCGUUGUCGCUCGGGAUGGCGAACAUUGCGGGGCAGACACCGUUCCUCAUCUUCUUCGUCUUCGACUCGGUGGCGCUGUUCAUCUCGCUGGCGGUGGUGGUGGUGCAGACGUCGGUGGUGGUGAUCGAGUGCAAGGCGAAGAAGCGGAUGAUGGCGGUGAUCAACAAGCUGAUGUGGGUGGCGUGCGUGCUCAUAUCGGUGGCGUACCUGGCGCUGUCGUUCAUCGUGGUCGGGCACGGCAGCGGCAACGAGCGGUGGCUGGCCAUCGGAGUGACGAUAAUCGGGACGGCCAUACUGACGACGACGCUCAGCACCAUGUGUUACUGGGUGGUUAUGCAUCGGAUCCACCUGAGGAGCAGCCGCCGGACGAUGCUCCGGCGGAACUCCGACGGCAGCCGAUCUACGGCCGUGUCCUUUAACUCGGAUGAUCCUGAAGAUUUGGACACUAAGAAAAUGUACGCCAUUUGAUUAAUUAAUUAAAGCACAGAUGAUAAUUAAAUAGCCAAGUCAAAAACGUUUUUCCAAUUACUAAUAUUUAGGUUGAAGCUCAUGAAUCCUAAGAAAGGAGUGAACAUAUUAAAUUGUAAAGAUUACGACACGACAAUUAGCAACCGUAAGCAACGAUUUUGUUAUUGUGCUGAUUUGAGAAAUAACAUUAUGUUUGAUUUCC